GGGUAUUUUACUCAUAAAUGGGGUAACAAUUCUGGUUGCCAUCUCUUUCCUGUUUUGACAGCACUUGUUUGUUUAUAUUUGAAUUUAGUGAUGACCCAACUAACUUAUAGAACAUACAGUUUUUUCUCCCCUCUAUCUCGCAUGACCCAUAAACCCACAACCCUUUUCAGUUUUCCAGUGCCAAAACCAUAUCUUUGUUGUUUCUUUGUUGCUUCUCUGCUUUUUUGUUCUCUUGAAUUCUGGCCAAAGAUGGAGGAAGAAGCCAUAAGGGUUUUGGGUUGGAAAGUAGGGAGAGAUUUCACAACCCUAUGUGCAACAAUGUUUCCUGUAUUGGCUUCUCUCAUCAUGGUGGUUUUGUUCCUGUGGACCAUUUGGUCUGAAUGUGAAGCUGCAGAGAAGGCAAGCAUAAACAGUGGGUAUAGCAAUUGGGGUUUCUGUAUUGGAGUCUUAACCCUAGUACUUGGUUUCUUGUUUUUGGCUGCUGGGUUUCCUUUACUCGCAGACUUGGUUAUUAAAUUGUUGGAGCAAUUGCAGAACCAUGAGGAGAGCAGAAAACAUCAAGCUUACUUGAUUCCUAAUGAUGCAGGAGGGAAGUUGAAGACAAUAUGUAUCAUUAGCCGCCUAGCUAUGAGCGUCAUUGCAAUGUUCAUGCUAGCAUGGGCCAUUAACACUGGAACAAGGCUUGCAAGUGAACCUAGAAGAGAAGGCAAAUAUUAUCCUCUAGCAUCCCCAGUUGGUGUUGUUACUAUUAUGUUUGGCUUCACUUAUUCUAUCAUUGGACUCUGUGUAAUUGCAGAGCUAGCACUAGAAUUGAUAAAGCAGUUGCAAAGUACAGAGAAAGAAGAAUUAGUUAAUCAUCAAGUUGGCAAAAUAGAUGUCAAAUUUUUUGUUUGACAUUGCUACAA